AUGAAUAUUCGCAGUCUCUUCAUCGCUACUAUCGCAGCGAUUGCUGCGGGCGAAGCUCAAUCCAAGGUCAUUCCGUACGACACUCUGCAGCCAUUUCCCCAACCGAUUCCUACCACUGACGCUCAAAAGGCAAUUCUCAAAUACAAGCCUCAACUUAAGGUUGAGGAGGGAUGUCACCCGUACCCCGCAGUCCAGAGGAACGGUGACAUUAGCAGCGGUCUCAGAUGGAGUGGUCCCGAGGACAUCGGAUGCAAGGGCUCGUCUUUGGGCUCUCAAAUCUACGCUCGCUCAAAAUUGUUCAAGGACAAGUGGGCUGUCAUGUACACUUGGUACUUUCCGAAGGGCCGUGCACCGAUCCCGGGUCUACGCUCCUCCGGCCACCGCCACGGCUGGGAAUACGCAGUCGUGUGGCUGGACAGACUCGACGCAAACAGCUCGACUAUCCUGGGCACGUCUCUGUCGGCUGCUGUUGGUUGGGCGAAGGAGUCCCCUACUCCAAAGGAGUACCUGGAUGGUCACAGUUUGAAGGUCGCGUACUACUUUAACGACGAUUUCAGCAACACCGCCGUGAAGUACACACAGGAUGGUGGUGCGUUCCAAGACCUCAUCCAAUGGGACCAACUCUCGGACCCCGCUCGGGCCUCUCUGAUCAACACAGAUUGGGACGAGACGCUUUUUAAUGUGGCUCGUGUGAAGAUGCCGAUGAAGGAUGGCGUGUUCGAGGAGAAGCUCUCUGGUGCGUACCCAUUUUAAUACGGUGCGCCAGUGCGAGCACCUGGAGA